AUGCGCCUCCCGUUCACUCUUAUCUUUGCGCUCCUUGGCUGCGAUGCUGUUUUUGCUUCGCCCGCGAAACGACACUACUCCACCCACAAUUACUAUGUCCUCGAACAUGAUCCGUCCGCAGGUGCUUCGCUGGCCGAUGUUGCGCGAACGCUAGGCGUCGAGGUUAUAGAGCAGGCUGGAGAACUGCAUAAUCAUUGGCUCGUGCGGGCAUCAAAACCUACAUCUGCUCUCGACAGCAGGCAGUUAGACCCAGUAAUGCAGAUUUGGGAGGGGUUGCAAGCGGGAACGGUCCACAAUUCCUACGCAAGAGCAGAUGAGACACUCCUGAGCCGGCACGUAGCAUCCUCUGUUAAGUAUCUUUCGCCACAAACUUUGCGACAGCGCGUCAAGCGUGCGCCUCCUCCUAUAAAUCCCGGAAGCCAGACGGACGAACAGGUAGAGUCUUCGAAGGCAUUUGCUCAGCGUAUGGGCAUCCUGGACCCGGACUUUCCGAGGCAAUGGCAUCUCAUCAAUGACCAAUUUCCUCACCAUAUGAUGAAUGUAACGGGUCUUUGGGAAAUGGGCCAUACGGGCGAAGGGGUAAUUACUGCUUUUGUGGAUGAUGGUUUGGACUAUACCAGCGACGAUCUAGCUGCCAAUUUUUAUGCUGCGGGCUCCUAUGAUUUCAAUGACCACUUGGAUUUGCCUACCCCGACUCUCUUCGACGAUCAUCAUGGCACUCGAUGCGCUGGUCAGGUCGCUGCCGUUAAGAACGAGCUGUGUGGAGUUGGUAUUGCCUACGACUCUAAAGUCGCUGGUCUGCGUAUAUUGUCAGGGCCCAUUUCUGAUGUUGACGAGUCCGCAGCCCUGAACUACGACUAUCAAAACACGUCCAUCUAUUCAUGCAGCUGGGGACCUCCGGACGAUGGCAAGUCUAUGGAAGGGCCAGGAUAUAUGAUCAGAAAAGCUAUAGUGAAUGGCAUCCAAAAAGGUCGUCAAGGCAAAGGUUCCGUUUUUGUUUUUGCUAGUGGAAAUGGGGGUAGAAGUGCGGACCAGUGCAAUUUCGAUGGCUAUACAAACAGCAUUUUCUCCAUUACAGUUGCCGCGAUCGAUUUUAGGGGUCUUCACCCGACCUAUUCAGAAGCUUGUGCGGCUAAUAUGGUCGUGGCAUAUUCAUCGGGUGGUGGUAACGCAAUUGCCACCACUGACCGGGGGAAAAACAAGUGCUCUUAUUCUCAUGGUGGGACCUCUGCCGCAGCACCAAAUGCGGCUGGUGUCUUUGCUUUGGCGCUGGGUGUGCGACCGGAUUUAACAUGGCGUGAUCUGCAACACUUGUGCGUUCGUACGGCGACGAAGGUCAACCCGGACGAUCCAGACUGGGAAAUAACGGCUUCAGGCAAUCAGUUCAGCUAUAAAUAUGGAUAUGGCGCCGUCAAUGGCUAUAAAUUUGUUCAAGCUGCCAAAACCUGGCAGCUAGUGAAGCCGCAGACAUUCAUCAAUCUACCCGUUGUUCAGGUGGAAAAUGGUACAAUGGAUCUCUUUCACCAAACGACUGGCGGGACAAUCAUUGCCCCAGGAGGUGUCUCCAGUUCAAUGACGUUGUCACAGUCUUUGCUGGACGAAAACAACUUCGGCGCAUUGGAGCAUAUUACUAUCCAGGUGUGGAUCACUCAUACAAGAAGAGGAGACGUGGAGGUCGAGCUCGUGAGUCCGAAUGGCGUCAAGAGUAUCUUGGCCGCGAAGCGAUUCGCGGACAAAGCGACGACAGGCUUCCGCGGUUGGACCUUUAUGACCGUGAAGCACUGGGAUGAGAGCCCUGUAGGCACUUGGAAUAUUCGUGUCUCUGACCAGGAUAACGAGGGCGAGAUAGGCCGAUUCCUCGGUUGGACAAUGACUAUAUGGGGCUCUGCUAAGGAUGCAAGCAAACCCGUCAAGAUCUACGACGUCCCUACCGUCGAUACAGUGCUCCCUCCCCCUCACCCAGAGGCUAACAUACCAGCGUCGACUAUUGUAGCGGUUCCAACGUCGACCAAGACGUACGCGAAACCCACUGCGCAUCUCCCGGGUGAUCACAGUGAUUCGGAAGGCGAGGCGCACAAGCCUGCCUUCCCCGUUGGUCCACAAAACGGUACCAGACCUGGGACUGACACCGCUGAUCCUUCACAGUCGUCAGCUGUAGUCACAAACACGCCCACACCAGACGAAGGAUGGUUCGCCGAACUCUCGAAUCUGGUCACCAAUCAGAUAUGGUUCUUUGUUGCCGUAGGAGCCGUCAUCCUAUUCGGCGUUAUCGCAGGUCUAUUUUUCUGGAGGCGCGCGGCACGCAGGAAAGCCGCCUACACGAGUUUACCUGAAAGCGAUGAGGUCGUCCUGAGCUCCGUUGACAAGGGUGCAGGGGUUGGUCAGCGAUCGAAGGAGCUCUAUGAUGCUUUCGGGGAAGUAUCAGACGACGAGGAAGCCGACGAAGAAACCCGGCUGCGUCCUGCUGGCGUGUCACCUGCAGUGAACUUGCACGCCGGAUUCUUAGAUGAUGAUCCUUCUACCGCUGGGGGUAUCACCCCGAGAUAUAGAGAUGAACCCGAGGAGGGCAUGCACGCACAUGAAAGGGAACGAUCGGAUAGUCCCACAAGUGGAAGUGGAGAUGGAAGCUGGGAGCAUGCUUCCGAGACACGAUAG